AUGUCCUCUGUUCCUGCUGCUAACAUCUCGUUGGAUGAUUCCAAGAAGAUCUUCGUUGGAAAUCUUCCCUUUAAUGUCACUAAUGACAUUCUUUCGGCAUACUUUUCUGUCUGCGGUAAAGUAGAAUCUGCAAAGAUUAUCACCCGUGGCAAUCGCUCCCUUGGAUAUGGGUUUGUGACCUUUUCAAAAGAAGAGGAUGCAGUUUCUGCCCACAGCAAAUUUAACCACCAAAUGUUUGAAGGCAGAGAAAUCAACGUAGAAUUAGCCAAGCCAAAAGAGCAAGUGCCACAAGUUGAGGGCAUUCAGAAAAAUGGUGGACGCACGCGUGGAAACAGCCGCAACAAACGUGGAGUUCGUCGCAAUGACAGCGCCUCGAGACAGAACAUGAACAAGUCUCAAACGAGUCUCUUUAUUGCGAACCUUCCUUUUGAGAUGAAUGACGAGGCGUUUGCAAACAUUUUUUCCGAAUAUACCAUUGAAAGUGCUCAUAUUGUCACCUCGCGCAAUGGCCAGUCUCGUGGCUACGGAUUUGUCAAACUCAACUCUGCUGCCGAGCAGAAGCGUGCACUUGCAGAUCUUCAGAAUUGCAUGAUUAAUGAUCGUCCAAUUACUGUCCGCGUCGCUUUGGAGCAUCCUGAACCAACUUCCCAGGAAGCAAAGGACACUCAGGCAUCAAUUGAACAGGUGGUUGCCUAA